GUGGUGGCGGCGACUUCCCCUCAGGAGUCCCGGUCUCCGCCUCCUCCUCUCACCCCGCCUGUUCAGCGGCGGAGGCAGUGGUGGCGGCAGCGGCUGUCCUUGCCUCUCCGCCAUCUCCACCUCGGCCUAUCCCCCGGCCGGCGGCGUUGGCGGGGAGGGGGACAGUAGUUGUAGACGCCCGCCCUUGCCUCAAAGAAGCUCCCCAGUUGUUGCACAGUCUCACUAUUUGGGAAAAAUUUAUGCUAGGAAACUGAAGCAAUUAAUGGGUGAAUAUGAUCAGAUUUCUCCACCACGUUCUCAGCCUGAUAAGGAGUAUUCUCUUGUCAACCUAAUGAAGCAUUCAAAGAAGACAUAUGACUCUUUUCAAGAUGAACUUGAAGAUUAUAUCAAAGUGCAGAAAGCCAGAGGCUUAGAACCAAAAACUUGUUUCAGACAGAUGAGAGAGGGCUAUUUGGAAACCUGUAGGUACAAAGAAGAGGUUGAUUUCAGACCCAGGUAUAGAAUGUUUGAUCAAAGGCUCCCAUCUGAAACCAUCCAAACCUACCCAAGAUCAUGCAAUAUUUCACAAACUGUGGAAAACCAGUUACCUCAGUGGCUACCGGCUCAUGACAGCAGACUAACACUAGAUUCCCUGAGCUACUGCCAGUUCACCAGGGACUAUUUCUCAGAAAAACCGGUUCCCCUGAACCUUAGUCAGCAAGAGUACAAUUACAGCACAUACAGUGUAGACUCUAGAGUUUACGAGCACCUCUCAGAAAACAGUACCAGUGCCCAUAAAGCCAGUCAUAAACGGAUGCAUCACAAGAGAAAAAGGCAUCCAGAAGAAAGCAGAGAAAAAUCAGAGGAGAAGCAGCCCAAGCAUAAGAGGGAAAAAGGCUGUGAGGAAAUAGACUUAGACAAACACAAGAGCAUCCAGAAAAAAACAGAGGUGGAAACAGUCAGGAUCAGUACAGAAAAGCUUAAGAAUCACAAGGAGAAAAAAAAACGAGAUGUGGCCUCCAAGAAAGAGGAUCGUAAGCGUAGAAAAGAGAAAAAAGAACAAGGUAAAGAAAGAACUGAGGAAGAAAUGCUUUGGGACCAAUCUAUCCUUGGAUUUUGAAGCUCUUGAGUUGAUUCUCCUGAGGUUAAACUGAAAAAAUCAUUGAGUAGCUUGGUUUUCUGAUGUUCAUAUUCAUAGCACUUUUCUCAUAUAAACAGGUACUUUAACUUCUAACAAAGGCCAAGUGAACAGAAAGUAUUUAGUAUGCUUGAUCUCCAACAUGGAAAUUACUUUUCUCCAUUUUCUAAAAGCAUUAUUACAUUUUUCUUAUAUAUAAUGUAACUUCCCUUAAUGAGAGUAGUUUUGCUUUUAUUCAUCAAAUUGUCAUGCUGAUGGAAGUAUUUUUCCUUUGGGAAGUCAUUUAUUUUAAAUUGGAGGAUUAAUAGGCUUCGUGGAAUCUAUUUCUUGAUUGGGUUUGUUUUACUUUGGGGUGGGGUAUUUUUAUGUUCAUUGGUUUUCUCAAUGAAGCAAUUUAGAUUUUUUUCCCUCUGUUAGAUAUAUGUUUCAUUUUGUUGAAGCUCUUUGUAUUUUCUAUAUUUUCUUUGGAGCAUCUAUAUUGAAAAGUGGAAGUUGAAAUACAUUAAAAUAAUAUGCUUAGGUGACAUAUAGUUUUAAAAGUUUCAAAGAGUUGAUACAAAAUCAGUUUAUAACAAGUAUUUAUAAUAAAGUGUUCUAAUUUUA